GACAGGAGAGAGAGAGAGAGAGAGAGAGAGAGAGAGAGAGAGAGCGAAAGAGAGAGAGAUGGGUGAAAGUGGAAGCGGCGCCCAAGCAGCAAGGCUGAGCUUACGGAUGCAGAGGGAGCUCCAGAUGCUCCAUUCCGACCCUCCUCCAGGCGUCUCCCUCCGCCUUCCCGACCAGCCCAACGCACCCAACUCCCUUCUCUCCGUAAUCGAUGCCGAGAUGGAGGGUCCUCAAGGAAGCGCCUACAGCGACGGAGUGUUCCAUAUCAGGAUUCAGAUUCCUGAUAGAUAUCCUCUCCACCCUCCGAUUGUGACCUUCAUGACGCCCAUCUACCACCCCAACAUUGAUGAAGGUGGCCGCAUUUGUCUCGAUAUUCUCAAUCUCCCCCCGAAGGGGGCGUGGCAGCCAUCCCUCAACAUUUCCACAGUUUUAUUGAGCAUCGGCUUGUUACUAAGCGAGCCCAACCCCGAUGAUGGCCUUAUGCAUGAAGCAAGCAGAGAGUACAAAUACAACAGGCAGGCCUUCGACCAGAAGACCAGAUUUUGGACGGAGAAGUAUGCAAAAGCCACCACUACCUGUGGUGUUGCUGAAUCUAGUUGUCCUCUCAUAAGAAACCCUCCUCCACCUCUCGUGCAAUCUAGCAUGGAGGAAGUAGCUGCCAAAGCUAUGGAAGUCUCCCGAGUAUAUAACAACAAGAAUCCAUAUAAAAGUCUGUGUAGGAAUGUGCAAGAGCCUUCAUCAUCAGUAUCCAUUAAUAGCAAUGGAGAAGAAUGUUCUGCUAAAGGCCGUGGAUACCGUAAGCAGAGAUUGUCGCUGCCCCUCUCCAAUAAUAAAGUUGGUUCAUCUGUUAAACAUGUUCAACAGGAGCAAACACAAGAAGACGAACACAAGGAAAAUCAAGGCCUUAAGUGCCACAACCCAAAAUUGACACUCUCCCUAUCCAAAAGUGAGGGGGACGGUGCCAUAAUGCAGAAGCAAGGGCAAGCUGGUCAGUUUAAUGCAAACCAGAUGCAACCGGUGCUAAAGUUAAACUAUAAAGAUGGGAAAGUGGAAUUACCUACUAAGAAGGGAGAGACGACAGGUGCAUUGCAGUUGGUUGAUUCUAAUGUUGGUGAUGGAAAAAAGGAGCAGAUCACCUCGAUGAUUAUUGUGUCAGAUAGUGAAAGCGAGGAGGAAGAAAAUAUCAGACCACCAGCUAAAUUACGGUUCUCUCUCAGUAGAAGCAGGCCAAGGUGAUUCAUUGAAGGCCAUCGUCAGUCUAUUGUCCUUGUACAAUCAGCUGAGGGAGUUUUUUCGACAAGCUAAUCAAAUUUGUCAAUCAUAGAAAGGUAGUGGAAUGUGGUGAACUUGCUUGGAAAAAAAAACCCUCAAAUA